AUGGCCACACACCACGUUCUAACGUCCAUCUUUCUCAUCCUCUUCGUCGUAUUCUUUUCAUCCGUCCAGGCUCAGACGGCAGUCUCCACGACCUUGACCUUUGUGGCUGCAUCAUCGGUACCCGGUUUGCUAGCAACAUCGACAUCCAUCGAUUCACCGGCUACACCUUCAGGAACAUCCACGACAACGGAGGUAUACACACCUUAUGCGAUCUGCGCCACAGGAGGAGGCGACUGGUAUAUCGACCCGCCCACAGCGACCCGGCUGACGGAUUUGUUCUGUGAUUCAGCAUACCAACCAGGGAGCCUACCCCAACAAGGUGAAGAAUUCGAUUUGAACGAAUACCCAACCGACCUCAUCCCGCUCACUGCCAAUGACACGACACCCGACACCGACACCGACACGGCCGGCACGCUCACAUUGGCCAACCUCACCACGGCCUUUGUGGAGGUGACGCCAAACUACACCCUCACCGAACUGUCGGGGAUCAUCCUGGCGCUGCGCCUGGUUCGCCGGCAACCCACCGUCGUCGAAAACAUCACGUACAUAUCCGGGUCUCCGGCGCAGUGCGACGCGGACAUCCAACAAGACCAGUGCCAUGCGGGCUUCCGGCAUGUCAUCGACCAGUGCCAAUGGAACAGCCACUAUUUCGGAGGCGUCAACUUCUGGAUGACCGCCUGCGCCAUGUACAGCGUCCAGGUCGCAAAUUGCUCGGGCAACUGGCUUGACCCAAAUUGCGACCUGUGGCAUCGCAAGUGGCCUGGCGUCGGCGACGGGCCGGAUCCGUCCUCUUCUCUGACCACUACCGGUACCAACGUGGAGACGGCAUUGACGAAUACGCCCACGACGAGGACGUGGCGGGCGUGA